AAAAUUUACACUGUGACUGUGCGAGGAGAGGUAUUGAACUGAACGGCACUCGACGUUCUUGUUGUGACGAGAUGAUCACGAUUGCUGUUUACUUCUUGGCGAGCUAAGAAGAAGACCCGGACUAAAUAUACCAAAAACAUCAUCAUCAUCAAAAUGUCCUCGUCCUCCAGUUCCUCCGGUCAGUCCCUGCAGUCCCGGCUGCUCGCCGGUGCGGGCGGUGGUUUUAUUGCGGAGUCGAUCACUUUACCCACUGAUGUCAUCAAGGUCCGCCUCCAGCUGCAGCAAGCCACGUCGAGCGCAGGCGCGAGCACGGCGGGCGGUGCGCCAGCAAACGGCGUGUACUACAAUGGAAUGUUGGAUUGCGGGAUGAAAAUUGCCAAGGCCGAGGGCGUGGCGGGGUUAUGGAAGGGCUACACGCCGGCGAUUCUGCGCCAGGUGUCCUAUUCCAGUUUGAUGAUGGUGCUGUAUGAGCCGGUUCGCAACGGCUUGUCCAAAAUGUCCGAGUACGCUUGCCCGUGUACUAGUGGUGGAGGGACAACAAGUGCAAAAAAUGGUGCUCCGCAGAACUCAUCGUCAAGAAACACCUCUUCGACAUCCGGGUCAAGUUCGUCAUCCUCUAAUGCAACAGCAAACACCACCGCAAGAACCGGCGUUCAGUCAUCCCCGCCCGCAACAGCAAAGCCAUCGUUUCUUUUCCGCCUCUGUGCCGGGGGCAUUGCCGGCGGCACCAGCAUCGCCAUUUUCAAUCCCUUCGAGGUUGCGAAAACGAAAAUCCAGGGGCACCUCGGCGGGCGGCUGUCGAUUUUUUCCGUCUUCCGUGACGUGUACAAAGUGGACGGGAUUCCGGGCUUCUGGAGCGGGGUGAAGCCGAAUGUGAUGCGGACCUUUCUCGUGAACGCGGCCGAGCUGGGAACCUACGACCAAGCCAAAACCGAGUACUUCGUCCCCUAUUGUGGGGACGGCCUCGCGGCGCACGUGGGCGCGUCGGGCGUAGCGGUAUGAAAGCCUCAGAAUGGAAGUCCUCAGAGUGGAAAUGAUUUGCGAUGCAUGAAAUGCGACGCAAAAAAGACUGCAUUGCAGAGGACGCAACGGAGGCCGACUAUUGUCCUCCUAGGGGUGAAAAAUUGGAGUGCUGCUUAGCACGAGAGAAGGACACCACUUUGCCAUAACCUGCAUGACAGACAUGCUUUGAGUGCCCGGAAAAUUUGUCAUGCGCCGACGACAAAUGGCGCUUCAACUGGAGUCGUUUUUUUGCAUUACAAAUCAUUUCCACAUUGAGGAUUUCCAACCUGAGGCCUUUAUAAGCGGGAUUCGUGUCGGCCUGUGUCAGUACGCCGGUAGACGUAGUGAAGACCAGGUUGAUGAACUCGGCAGGUAGAUCUUGAUCUGCUACUUUCUUCAUCAUGUGUCAUCAUUACAUACAUGAACAUCAACAGUCACAAUUCGUAUCGCAUACGGAAAAUAAGGCUGUUUGUGCUUCUGCUUCCCAUGCUGUUUAUCAUCGUGCUGCAAUAGGACUAAAUCAUAUCGAAAUGAACCACAGGUCUCGCCACGAAACAGUACUCCGGUGUCAUUGACGCCACCGUGUCAAUUGUGAAGGAAGAGGGCCUCGGAGCGCUGUACAAGGGCUUCACCCCGAUCUGCGUGCGCAAGCUGAUUUGGGUGACGGCGUUCUUCGUCUCGUACGAGAGGAUACGGCUAUUGGUUUGAUCUUGGUAAAGAUGGUGUAGGGUUGCUACGUCUAACUUAAGUAUCCCGGCUGGUAGAACCGCUGACCGAAACUUUUAGUGCGUGAUGAAGGACAAACAGCCGAGACAAACACGACCGCUCCGCGCUGGAAGUAGCGAUCGCAAAGGAGGUGGAAGCAAACCUUGAUUUGCUUUCGCUUUUGUCAAUAUUUGAGCGUGCACAGCAGAUUCCCCAUCGGAUAUGAAUUCUUCGCAGGAGCAUCUUGUGAUCUACAUGCUGCCCUUGAUGAAUGUUUCAUGCCAGAACAAAACAUGUAACAUAAGCACUCGCCGACCUGACAAAGAUAUAUCGUAAUUGUAGGCGUAU